AUGUGGCAGGCAUUCUGGAGAGAUGAGGCCGAGGCCCAAGCCAGCACAGCAGAGGCAUCACCUGCGGAGACGGCUGAGCGCAACGGCAUGAAAGUGCUUCUCGAGCAGGAGCUUUCGCGGCUACGUGUCGAGUUCGUUGAAGACAUCCACCGAGAGCUACAGGACGUCCAAGGUUCACUGAGGGAGCAGCUGCUAGACUUCAAAAAGGAGCUUAUUGCAGAGCUCCAUGCAAAGAAGGAGCCGAUCCUUGGCUUCAAGGUCCCGCCGGACGCGCGGUUCGGCAUUGAUUUGGACCCAGCUGAGCCUUUGCCAAAUGCAGAUUGGUCGCAUCACCUCCUCGAGGAUAGCCUGUUGAUGCCGAUGCAGGCUGGUUGCUGUGCAAGACUUUCCUUGGAGGACUCGGAAAAGUUUGAGCCCAACACGCUUGACGUGUUGCAGAUAGAGUCUGAGUAUGAUGUGGAUUGGCUACGUGCUGGAGAAGGCAUCGCUUUGCUUGGGACUGUCUUAUCUCCGAGCGAUUUGAUGAGGCAUCCUCGCGAUCAGCAACAGGCCCUGAACUCCGGCACAAACGAUGAGAAUGAUGCAGUGGUCGGGGACGACACGAACAAGGACCAUACUACAUACCGCAGUGAGCUGGACGCGCUGUCCGGCAUUCAGGAUUGUUCAGUCUCUAUUGAAAACUAUCCAACGAACUCUCUGGAGGACAGGGAAAAGGAUGUGGUGGACUCGCCGACAGACCCGCGCAAAAAGCCCAACAACAUGUUUGAGUACAGCGAGGACUGGACAGGCUAUACAAAUCCACAUGCAGCACACUUAGAGCCCUUUUCGAUUUUUGCCCUCGUCGACUUGCAGAUGGCUUUGCUGGAGAUGCUGCGUGUCCCAGACAUGUUGCAGCUUUGCACGCUGUGCCGCUCCGUGAACUCGGAGGCAGUGGUACAACAUUUGGUCGAAUGCGCCAACAUUGCAGAUUCGCCCGUGUGGCUGUCCGAACUGGCGCACUGCGAAGACCGUUUGCUUUGUGGUCGGCCUCGCAGCCAGAUUCUUCGCUGCUUCAGGGAGGAUCCCCAGCUGGAGAAGCGCGUGGCGUGCAGACUUUGGGUCCAUCGACAAAUGCUUCUCUGCCGAAUUCCCAACAGUUUAAAGGCUGUCGAAUGCAUGCACGAAAUGACGGGUGUCCUGGUGCAGUGUUGCUACGGGCCACCGACGGAGCAGCGGCGAGCUGCUCUUCUUGUCAUGGUAGCUUUAGGGGUGCACGGCUGCAAAGAGAUGCAAAAUCAUGUCAUGGAAGAUAUGCCGAACAUCUUGCAGUGUAUUCUGGAAGCACCGCAACCUGGAGAGCUGGAGAAUGUCAUGAAGCACCUUGUGCAUUGCCAUCGGGCACUGCAUAACGAGUUGCGUCAGUGGUGGGUGACUUGGCUGGUAGAUUACAUCCUUUUGCAAGAAGACCUGGAUGAUUUGGAUUUCUUCCUGCACAAGCUGGAGCUCCUGAUAAGCGAUGUUGGUCAUCCUGCCUGGCUACAUUUUCCCGCUGUUGGAAAGCUCCAGCAAAGGAGCGAAGUUGCGCUGGACAGAUUCUUGGUCCUCUAUGGAGGACAUGCGAUUCCGUAA